AUGCAUUUUCGUGAACAACUAUCAAUCCAACCAGCCGAUACUAUUUCCAACAUCAAUAGUGAUAAUACUCUCCUCGACAUUAAAGUGCCCUGGACAACCACUCUGCGAAACGCUCAAGUGCAAACUAUGCUGGGAGAAGAUAUACAAUUUCCAGUGCUGGACGAUCACGGAAAUAGCAAGCUCACUGAUUCUCCUCCCACAUCUUCACUCCUCUCUUCACACUACUCUUCAGGAUUGGAAGGAAUCGUUGUAUCUGCCCCUCUACGCCGUAAAAACAACUGUCAUCAUAUAAAGAGAUUUACCGGGAAGAACCAGAGCUACCAAAUAGAAAGAUCACCCUAUCAACUAAGAAAGAGGAGAAGAAGGCUGAAUGGAAUAGCGGCUGUUACAAUCGGGAAAGAAGCUUGUCUCCUACUCAGAAACAAGGAAAACCGAAUUACAACAGUUUCCAUCCGACUGAAACAAAUCUCUCACAUCUGUAAACAGAAGACCGAAUAUUUCACGAGAGAUUACGAGUUCUUCACGGAAUCCCGACAUCAGUGCUAUAACACUGAAAGCUGCAGAGGUAACACCUGUGAGUCACUCGAAGAUGAAACUAUACGUUUCAGUAUGAUUGCAAAAUCAAAUCCGGAUACACAUACUGUGUACCAAGCUGUGUAUGCUUUUGGUGCGACUGUACCUACAUCAUCCACGAUAUACCGAGUCUUUUCAUGCCCCACAUGGAGCAUCCAAGCAGAAGGGAACCGUCACGCUAAGAACAGAAGGUUCUACUACUGCUCAACACUUCACUCUCCAGCCAGGAAUCCUUUCACAUGGAAUAACCUUCGACUGACCUUUGCAGGUACAAUUCUACCAAAUCUUCCGAUUCUAUCAAGCUAUUUCAUAACGGACGGCAACAUCGUGACGCGAAUCGAACCAUCUCAGCAAGGACAACUUCUACCAAACUCCGCCGGUCAGUUACAAUGUAGAACAGAAGAAGAAGCAAAGUCUUUUGGGAGCUGCAUUUUCGCACAAUAUGCAUGUUCCUGUAACCCAAGAAAAUACGCAGUCACAUGCUCCUGUCCAAAUGGGACAACGUCGUCAUUUCUGCACAAUAAACAUAAUAAGCUUCCAGUAAUUACAGGUCAAGCAGCACUGAUAAAUGAGCGGCAAACCAUUAAGGCAAAAACAACUCGACUCUGCGCUCACGAGCAAGGUAUUAACAAACGAACUAGUCAUUGGCAUUCUAGCAUCCAACAACAAUCAUGUCGAGUUCGAUAUAGGUGA